CUGAUACUGACUUGUUGACUUUCCUGCAGGAGACUGAUGUUCAAGUCAACUUCUAUAUCAGUCUUCAAGCUUCACUUGACGCCUGACUGUCCGAGUCAAGGUCGUGCUACCAGGGAUGCUCAACAAACAUGCAUUGGCCAUAUAGGAGAAAACGCUUUCCGAGUACCUCUGGCAGGCGUCUGAUUUCUGCCCGGUGAAGAGCAGGUCUCUCGUCUGCAAUCAGCCCCCUUACGGCGUACGGGCGACGGCCGCUCGGGGGGAUUGAGGAUAUAUUUCCCCAUUGACACAACUGGAAAUGGUGCCUCAUUUUCAAGAGCACUAGAGACCGAGAUAUCUGUCCAAUACUUCACUGCAAUAUCGCUUGACUACUCUCUCUAUGGCGACUCAUUCCGGAAGACUUGAGGGCAAGGUGGCGCUGAUCACAGGCGCCGGCAGUGGAAUUGGUCUGGCAGCAGUCCACAAAUUCCUCGCAGAGGGAGCCAAAGUAGUCGGAGUUGAUGUCAAGUUCACGCCCGCGGCCGAGGUCCUUCGGUCCAACCCCUCUGUCCUGCUCGUCACGGGCGACGUCUCGCAAGAAGACCAAGUCAGAGAGCAUUGUUUCCUCGCAGUCGAGAAGUUUGGCAAGCUGGACAUAGCAUGCUUAAAUGCGGGUAUUAUGCACGGAGUGCAGUCGUGGCUGGAGAUGGACGUGAGCCUACUCGACAGGGUAUACAACGUGAACGUGCGAGGACCCUGGCUUGGUAUCAAACACUCCGUAGCUGCUAUGCUCGCCUCCCCAAGCAAGGGGAAAGACUGCGCUAUUGUCCUCACAUCCUCCGUCGCCUCGCUCCACAGCGAGCCUGAGUUCUCCCCCUACAACGCCUCCAAGUGGGCCAUCCGCGGGCUCGGAAACACCGCCGCGCAGGAAUUCGGCAAGCACGGGAUCCGCGUAAAUACGAUCCAGCCGGGCGUCACGAAGACACAGAUGUACGCGGUCGGCGACCCCGCGCUGCGUGCGUUCGUGGAAGGCAAGAACGUCCUGAAGCGCGCGGCGGAGCCGGGGGAGAUCGCGAACGUGAUGGCUUUCCUGGCGAGCGACGAGGCGAGUUAUGUGACGGGGUCCACGGUAGCUGUCCAUGCUGGUCAGACGUGUACGUGA